GACUAGCAGCAUGAAGAGGGGGAACCAGAGCACCAUAUCUGAGUUCCUCCUCCUGGGUCUCCCCAUCCGGCCAGAGCAGCAGGCCGUGUUCUUUGCCCUGUUCCUGGGCAUGUACCUGACCACAGUGCUGGGGAACCUGCUCAUCAUCCUGCUCAUCCGGCUGGACUCUCACCUCCACACCCCCAUGUACUUCUUUCUUAGCCACUUGGCUCUCACUGACAUCUCCUUUUCAUCUGUCACUGUCCCAAAGAUGUUAAUGAGCAUGCACACUCAAGAUCAAUCCAUUCCUUAUGCAGAAUGUGUAACUCAGAUGUAUUUUUUCAUAUUUUUCACUGUUAUGGACAGUUUACUUCUCACUUCAAUGGCAUAUGAUCGGUAUGUAGCCAUCUGUCACCCCCUCCUCUACACCACUGUCAUGAAAGAGGGACUGUGUACCUUACUAGUAGCUGUGUGCUGGAUCCUCUCCUGUACCAAUGCCCUGACUCACACUCUCUCCCUGGCCCAGCUGUCCUUUUGUGCUGACAACACCAUCCCCCAUUUCUUCUGUGACCUUGCUGCCCUACUCAAGCUCUCAUGCUCAGACAUCUCCCUCAAUGAGCUGCUCAUUUUCACAGUGGGACUGGCAGUCAUUACUCUACCACUAAUAUGCAUCUUGAUCUCUUACGGCCACAUUGGGGUCACCAUCCUAAAGGCUCCGUCUACCAAGGGGAUCUUGAAAGCCUUGUCCACCUGCGGCUCCCACCUCUCUGUGGUGUCUCUGUAUUAUGGCACAAUUAUUGGACUGUAUUUUGUCCCCUCGUCCAGCGCCUCCAGCGAUAAGGACAUAAUUGCCUCUGUGACGUACACGGUGGUCACCCCAUUGCUGAAUCCCUUCAUUUAUAGCCUAAGGAACAGGGACAUAAAGGGAGCCCUGGAGAGACUCUUCAACAGGGCAAUAGUCUUAUCUCAAUGACAUUUGUUGUUCUUUAUAGCAGACACAUGUAUCGACCUAUCUCCAGAUGAUAGAUCCUUAAUCCUGAUCCCAGCAAGGGAUAAGUGCUCAGUAACUCUUUGAUGACUUGAAUUGCAUUCUGUUACAGUUAUUCUCUCUUUUCCUCUUUAGUAUAAAUGGUGAAUUCUGAGGUUAUAUAAUUAGUUAUUUAUCUUGCCUAUUAGAUUCAGAAAUUACAUAGCUAACAGAA